UAGUGACGAUUUAUUUUUAUAACAUUUUGUUUGUUAGUAUAGGGGACGGGUGUACCAAACGUAGACAAGAGUAGCUGUAUGUUUUUGAUUUGUGUAAACCCGUGUCUUUCUAGUAUGUUUCUGGUUUUCAUUGUGGUGAAUCUCAGUUCUGACCCUUAUUUUAUUUAUUUUUUAUGUUCAACAUAGGAAUAAUGUUAUUAACAUUCUGCAUGUAGACUUUGGUUAGAAGAGGUAACAUUGUGUCAUUGGUGAAUACUUGGUUGUCGUGUAAUAUGUCUUUUAAAGGGUUGAGUUUUUCAAAAGCAGACUCUGGUUUUAGUCAAUAGAAAAUAUAAUUUUAGCGACAAGACCAUACCAUAUUUGGUAUGGAUUGCAGCAGAGCGAUUUUUAACGGUAUUUUGUAACAAAUAGGUCAGUUUUCAAAUAAACUGCGGAUAAUUACAGAGGGAAAUUGUGACGCAGUUGUCUAAAAUUCGUUUAAAUUUUGUUAACACAGCGACACUAUAGUGUUUGCUUUACAAUAAAUCAAUACAUAAGUAAUCUGUUGACUGUAAUAUAAGGUGUGUGGUAGAUUUUUGUAACGAUAAAAAAAUGCAUUCAUUAGUUAGGGGUAAGCGUCAGGAGCUGGAGGUGGUGAAUGAAAUCUCAUUCUAUGGGAAUCUUGGGCAAUGUAGUUUUUUACACCGUAGUCGUAUUUUGAGACGCAUCUGCUUUUGCCGGCAAAUAAACUACAAAUUCCAGUCUGCUAUAUGCUGUAUGAAUACUUCGUUAAACUCGAUGCAAAUAACGUACUGUUUACAUAGUGACAGGCUUGGCCUGACAAGGGGAAAAUGCCAAUUGCAGUGUUUGUAUUUCUUCAGUACAACUAAGUUUUCAGUAUGACUGGAGACGUCUCGUUAAAUAUGAGUGACGAAAAUAAAUCUUUUUACAUUUGCUUUAUACAGUAGAAGUCCCUCAGUUUACGUAUUUAUUUUUCUGUAGGUAUUUUUUACAGCACUGUUACAGUUAAGGUAAGUUGAUAUGGUGUGAAAAGUAGUUGCGAAAAUAUAACCGAAUGUUAUAGAAAGCAUAUUAGUACACACACAGUAUAAUUGUAUGCUGUCUGAAGAAGGGGGAAGCCGCAACGUUGUGGCGAAUUAUUAAAAUAGUGAGUUUUCCGUUUAUCAUUUACUUCUUUAAACCGUCUGUUUGCAAGCCUUCAUUUCAGAUACUUUUGAAUGUUCAUGCCGACAAAAGCAAGUGCAUCACAAAAUCAUGCUCAUGGUGUAAUCCCCAGUCCUUCAGUGCCUUUUUUCCUGUCAUUAACCAACCACCUACUUUCUCUAAUUGAUUGGCGUGCUUUGGCUCCGAAGACAAUGCUGAUUAAAGCGAAUGACCUAGGAAGUGAAAUGAUACCAGACAACCUGAAAGCAAGAUUUUCAGCUGAACUCUCACCGGUCUGCUCUGGCAAACAUUCACACGAUUUACCACACACUCAACAGGCUGCAUGUACAGAAAACAUGAAGCAUCUAGGAUCAAAACUGAAGAAGUUUUCUCAAGUAAAAGAUGUUUGGAGUGGUUUUAUGAAUAUGCAGGUUGUGAUGCUUGUUCUAGCCUGGAAGCUGGAUGCACAGAACAUGGGUUACUUCACUUUGCAGGAAUGGUUAAAAGGAAUGGGUGCAUUGCAGUGUGAUACAACAGAGAAGUUAAGAAAUUCCCUGGAGUACUUGAGAUCUGUACUAAAUGAGUCAACACAUUUUAAACUUAUUUACAGAUACGCUUUUGACUUUGCAAGGGAGAAGGACCAAAGGAGCUUAGACAUUAACACUGCCAAAUGUAUGCUGGGUCUUCUGUUGGGAAAAACAUGGCCUCUUUUUCCUGUGUUCAAUCAAUUUUUAGAGCAAUCAAAAUAUAAAGUGAUAAACAAGGACCAGUGGUGCAAUGUGUUGGAGUUCAGUAGAACAAUAAACCUUGACCUUAGUAACUAUGAUGAAGACGGGGCCUGGCCAGUCUUGCUGGAUGAAUUUGUGGAAUGGUAUAAAGACAGACAGUCCUAGCACUUAAGAUAUGGCAGCUCAAGAGCCCCUGUUACCACAGCUGUGUCUACCAUUCAGUUAUUGAUUACUGUUCGUAUCAAAGUGCAUGCUGCUUCUUUGCACAGUUUUCCACUUGCAGAGAACAUUGAUGUUCACAAUGCAGCAGGCCAACUAAGCUUAGUGUGGCAUUGUUCCUUGAAAGCUGUUAUUAAGGCUACAUUUUUGUAAUUACACUACGAGUUGUUGGAAAUGCCAGCAUUCACACUGUGAUGUGUAUAUCGCCAUCUGUAUUUUGUAAAUGUGUAUAAAGAUGCUUCAUAUAUCUAGAAAUACUUUUUUUGCUUGAUACAUGUAAUGUAAAAAAAGACAAUUAACAUUUCAGUGACAUUAAAUUUCACUUAGGAUCUUCUACCAGGGCACAUUGUCAAAACAGCUUAACUCUAGAGACAUUCUGUGUCUGGAAUUAGAAUGUUGGUUACACCGCAGUCCUAUCCAAACAAAAAAAGCUCUACACCAGCCUUCUGACCAAAACUUUAAAUAACAAUCAUUGCGUUUUAAAUGUUUUAUUUCAUUUGUAGAACUAUAAUACCCCCAAACAUCAUAAAUAAUAUUGUAAAGCAGGCGACGACCUCAGCAACCUUUUAAUAUGCAAUAUUUUACCAGGAAACUCGAGACACGUUGCAAAAUAAAGUUAUUCAAACAGACAAAAUGUGAUAAAAUACGUAACACAAUAAACAUGACUUGUUAACUGUA